AUGCCCCAAGGGUCGGUACUGGGGACACGCUUAUUCCUCACAUUCAUUAGGGAUCUUAGCAGUUUACUGCGGUCAAAUUUCUUACUAUUUGCAGAUGAUGUCAAAAGUUGGCAUAAUUUCAGGACAGCGGAUUAUCAUAUGGCGUUGCUGAGCGAAUUUGACAAGGCUUACGCAAGGGCGUCCCAUAACCGGCUCCAGCUCAAGGUGGAGAAGUGCAAAGUCGUAAACAUAAGCCAUCAGCUUAUCUAUGAAUAUCGACUUGGGGACCAGCAGUUACAACAUGGUUCCCAAGAAAACGACGUCAAGGUGAUCGUGCAGUACGAUCUUGGCUGCUCUAAGCUGGCUGAAGCAACAUUAAAAAUAGCCAGUCAAGAUUUUGUACCCUUAAGAAGAGAUUUCGGAAAUCUGGAGCCAUCAAUCAUUUCGCAAAUGCUGAACGCUUACGUGAGGCCCCAC